GUUAGUUGGGUAGCCUUGCAACUAGGCUAUCAAUGUAACACUUUCUAAACCUCUUUUUCACAUAUGUUUUUAUAUUUAGUCCUCAUAGCAGUCCUUAGUCACUUUUACAGAUAAGGAAAGUAUUGUUCCUGACAAAAAAUGAUUUAACUAUAAAAUGAUAGAACAUUUUAUUAUGAGUUGCCUCUGAUUUUGAUUCCUUUUGUAUAUAGUUCAUAGUAACUUCUACAUGAGUCGUCUUUGAGCACUGCACAGAAAGGCAUUGUAUAAAGCGAUCUAAAAAGAAUACUGCGAGAAAACCACUAAAAAGGCAGUGACAUAACUCCCGUGUUUAUUUCCUACACCUGACACCAAGGCAGCCACCUUAGUUUGUAGGUACUCCCUGUGCAUUGUUACUUAAUAAUGAUAAAUGAAAGCUUCUAAUAGGCUGAGAGAUUGAUAUGGGGCAGAAACUGAAGACGUAAAGGAAACCUGCAGUGAUUAACUGAGCAGUGACUUAAAUUUCUAUUCUUAGAAUUACUCUUCAUUCCAUUUUCAAAGAACUUCUCUUUAAGAUUCUGGCCACUUGGCCUUUCUGAUCCUUUCAACACAAUGGAACAUAUUAGGAGAUUAUGGCAUCCAUGCAAGUCACUAUAUAUGCCUUGUUUCCUGGGUCCACGGGAAGCAUGAGUCUGUUGGGACUUGGGACAAGAAGAAAACAAGACAUCUUCACAAGAAAAAACAGACAUUAACAAAAAGUAUCCCAAAGUCUGAAGAGCUAGAACACAAACAUGGCCGACAGAGGACUUAGGGAUCCUGCAGAGGCCUCUCAAGAGGAUUUGAAAAAUGACCCAUCAGUAAGUUCUCAGGCACAGGAGACCAUAGUCACAGCAAGUACCACUGAAGAAGCUCAGACCCCAGACCCUGUCUCUGGUCUUAACAAAGUCCACCAAGAGGUAGAAAAUAUAGGUCCAGGAAGUGCAGACGCAGGUGAUCAAUCAGAAGAUUCAGAUGAAACAAAUUAUGGGAACUAUCCAAAGGAUAAAACAGAACAUGAGAACAACCAGAGCUUUCAGGAUGAAGAGCAAGGCCAUCAACUCCCUGAUUCAGAAAGUCCAGGUGAAAAACCCUUGGAUCCAGAACCCAGCUGUUCUCCAAGUGACAAUGUGGGAAGAGAUGAUGUGCUCUUACGAAGCGACUCUGCAGCCCUCCCUGAGGAAGUGAGCAGCGGACCUGGAGUUGCACAGGAGCCACCUGCCAUGGACCCUCAGGAUGCCCCAAGCCCUGAUCGUUCCCAUGCAGGGCCAGAGAACCAGGGCACAGUGCGGAGGCGACUGCUGGCGCCAGCAGAGGCUGAAAGUCAUCAACAGGAAACACAAAGGUUGGAAGAAAAGAAAGAGAGUGCACUGGAUACCAGAAGAAAGAUGAAUAAAAAAGAUUAUUUGCGUUAUGGCUCCAUCUUUUUUGGCUCUGUGGUCACGACUCUUGUUUUGCUAAAUUGGGGUAAUAGCUACUAUUCCUCUUCAGCCCAGCAAGUGCCCAAAAAUCCAGCUCUGGAGGCCUUUUUGGUUCAUUUCAGCCAACUGAAGGAUAAAUUCCCAGGCCAGAGUUCCUUUUUGUGGCAGAGAGGACGUAAAUUUCUCCAGAAACACCUCAAUGCUUCAAACCCUACUGAGCCAGCCACCAUCAUAUUUACAGCAGCUCAGGAGGGAAGAGAGACCCUGAAGUGCCUAAGCCACCUCGUUGCGGAUGCCUAUACCUCUUCCCAGAAAGUCUCUGCCAUUCAGAUUGACGGGGCUGCAAGAACCUUGCAGGACAGUGAUGUGGUCAAGCAGUUGGUUGACACGGAGCUGAGCUCAGGAUUUGAGAAUGGCCAGAAGGCUGCUGUGGUGCACCACUUUGAAUCCCUUCCCGCAGGCUCUACCUUAAUCUUCUACAAGUAUUGUGACCAUGAGAAUGCUGCCUUUAAAGAUGUGGCCCUGGUCCUGACUGUUCUCCUAGAGGAGGAAACAUUAGAAGCAAGUGUCGGCCCAAGGGAAACUGAAGAAAAAGUGAGAGAUUUCCUCUGGGCCAGGUUUACCAACUCAGACACUCCCAGCUCCUUCAACCACAUGGACUCUGACAAAUUGAGUGGCCUCUGGAGCCGGAUUUCACACCUGGUGCUGCCCGUCCAGCCUGUGAGGGACAUCGAAGAACAGGGGUGCCGGGGUGCCUUUUAUAAGCUAAGCACGGAGUUGGUUUUUGAGGCCUAGAUUUAUUAAAAAGUUAGUUGAAGAGCCUUCUGUUUCUGUGGAAGGAGGUUAUGAAAAGCCUGGAGAACACAAAUGAGCUUAUUUUAGAAAAAAAUUCUCUUUUUUACCUUUUGUAAAAUCUUUCUAAGCUUGACAAAACUUGACUUUUUUCCCUGGCCUUUGAAGCAAAUCAGGUUUGAAAUCUGCAUAGAAUAUAUAACUGAGGCUUUUUUUUUUUUUUUUUAAUCCAGAAAUAGAGCAACAGAAUGAUUGCAUGGGAAGAUAAUCUUCUCAGAAUGACUAAAAUGAUUUUUGUUUUCUUGAGAGUCUAAGGAGUCUUUUGGGUAGUGUUUGGACUGAACUACAGCAGUUACAGUUAUGAAGCAAGGAUAAUUUAAAAAAUGUUUUUCUAUCACAUAUUAAAAUAUUUUAAAAACUGA